AUGGUCAACAGCAGUCAAUUAACCCCAAAAUAUUUUCUGCUCUUUGGUUUCCCUGGUCUGGAGGCCUUUUACCCCUGGUUCAUCUUCCCACUCUGCUCCACAUAUCUUGUGGCCCUUGUGGGGAACAGCUUGAUCUUGACAGUGAUAAAGAAAAAUACGUCUCUCCACCAGCCAAUGUACCUCUUCCUAGCUAUGCUAGCCUUUGCUGAGUUUGGUGUCUCUGCCUCAAUACUGCCCACUGUGCUGGGCUUCUUCCUUUUUGGUGCCAAUGAGAUCUGCUUUGAAGCCUGCCUUCUACAGAUGUUUUUCAUACAUUCCUUUUCUAUCAUGGAGUCAGGAGUUCUACUGGCUAUGUCUGUGGAUCGCUUUAUGGCCAUCUACAACCCACUGCGGUAUACUUUGCCCCUUAUUGCUGGUACUGGUGCUGCCCUUGGACUGAAGAGUGUGAUACUCAUGUUCCCACUGCCCUUUCUCCUGAAGGAUCUGCCCUUCUGUGAUCACAACACCCUUUCCCACUCUUAUUGUCUGCACUCAGAUCUGAUCCAGCUGCCCUGUGGGGACACUCGUCCCAACAGCAUUCUUGGGCUCUGCAUCGUCGCUUCCACUUUUGGGCUAGACUCACUGCUCAUCGUGGUCUCUUAUAUGUUGAUCCUCUAUACAGUGCUGGGCAUUGCCUCUGGGGAAGGGCAGCAGAAGGCCUUCAACACACGUGCGUCACACAUCUGUGCUGUGCUUCUGUAUUACGUGCCUAUGAUCAGCAUGGCUCUGGUGCACCACUUCAUGAAGCAUGCUGCACCUGCUGUCUGCCUACUCCUGGCCAGUGUCUACCUUCUGGUACCACCUGUGCUCAAUCCCAUUAUCUACAGUGUUAAGACCAAGCAGAUUCAUCAGGGGUUGAUACAACUCUUUCUUCAAAGAAAAUAUUGAGGGAGUUAAGGCAGAGGAUAUGGUUCCCUUCAAGUCAGCCAGUUUUCUUACUAAAACCUUUUCAAGGAAGGAAGGAGUGAUCAUCACCUUGGUAAAGUUACAAAGCUUGCUAAUGUUACAUUUUGAUGAAUGUGUGGGAACAUAUAUUUUCAUACAUUAUAGGUGGUAAUCUAAAUUAGUAUAGCAGAGUUUUUC